AUGGCUUCCACCGAAGACGUGCGCGCCAGGCCCGGCACCGCCAAGCUGUCUCCGACGAGGGCCACGAAAGUGCCGACAACCGGAGAAGGCGUCGCCCGGACCUGCAACGACCUCGCCGUCAGCAUGUGCAAGCGCCUGCUCCGCAUAAAGGAGCAGGAUAUUAAGCCCGGGGAUACUCCGGACAACAUCGCCUUUUCGCCACUGGCUGUAGCCUCGGGGCUGUCGGUGGUGCUUGCCGUAACAAGCGGUCGCACGGCGAAGCAGCUGUCCGCCGCCCUCGUCGCCGACGUCAGAACGGUGCACGAGCAGUUCAGGCACGUCUUCAACGAGCUCGGUCACAUGCACGGCCAGGUCUCGCUUAGCUUGGCCAACCGACUGUACGCCGACGACCGACUCCGGCCGCUGGGCGGAUACCAGGCCACGUUGGACCGGUGCUACAAGAGCCCCGUCGAGUCUGAGCGCUUCCACGCCGACCCGGAAGCGUGCAGGUCUAGCAUCAACGCUUGCGUCGAGCGUACCACGUGCUCCCGAGUGAAGGAAUUACUUCCGCGAGGAAUCCUCGACUGCGGCACGCUGCUGGCGCUCGUCAGCGCCCUCGACUUCAAAGGACGGUGGAACACCCCGUUCGACCCGGGCCGCACCGUGCCGGGCGACUUCCACGAGUCUCGCACGCGGGUUGUGCGCACUCGAAUGAUGUGGGGCGACGCACCCGCGCGGCUCAACCACUACUGUGAGGGCCUGGCGGGGCGAGCCAUCGACGUGCCCUACGAGGACAACGGCGGCCGCUUCUCGAUGACCCUGCUGGUGCCGGACCAGCUGGACGGACUCGGCGCUCUCGUCGAGUCUCUGACGCCCGAGCGCCUGAACAGGAUCUUGCGAGGGUUCGACCCCCAGCAGGACGCCCAGCUGGAGCUUCCUCGCUUCAAGCUGGAAGACACGACGGACCUUCGGGUCGUCCUUCAGGAAAUGGGCGUCACGGACCUGUUCGACCCGCUCGUGGCCGAAUUUCCGGGCUUCACAAUGAGCAGGGACCCAUCCGAGGAGAGCAGCAGCGGCUUGCAGACCAACGGACUAGCCCUGUCGGUUGCCGUGCACAAGGCCUUCAUCGACGUCAACGAAGAAGGCACCGGGACGACCGCGCCCAAGGACGUCCCAGAAACGCCCGGAAGCUUCCUCAAGGACCCGUCUCGGUUCCGGGUCGACCGACCCUUCUACUUCCUGAUACGGUGCCACAAUCCGGAAGUCAUCCUGUUCGCCGGCACCGUGCACCACGUUCAGCCUCUUUAGUGAAACUACGCAUUUAUUUAUUUUCUUUCAUCAGCACUGCUGCUGGUUGCGUUGUCAGUGACACCAUAAGUAAAUAUCUGGGCAAAUUAGUAAAUAAACGUUAGUGAAUAUUUUUCGCCUUGGCCGGCGUGCGUCGAUGUUUUCGCCGCAAAUUGAAAACGCCACGUUCAUUCAAGUGUCAGUGCUUGUUUG